AUGUCUACCAGCUACACCAUCUCUGUUGAAAAUGAGCGCGGUGCAAACACCAACUAUGCAGUCUUCACGGAACCUCCGGAGUUCGCUGGCGGCCAGCAACCUUGGAUGAACGUCUGGUAUACUUCGUUUGUUCCCUACCAUGGCAGCUUCGAGAUUCGCACCGGCAGCGACUUUUUCGCCUGGGUUGGGAGCGUUCCAGCCUCACCGGCACCGGGCGUCAUUGUUAACAGUGGCAUGAGUCUGCUAGCCCGUCUCGGGACAGAUAAUGUGCCUGGAAGUACUUUUGAGAAGAAGGUCAUCCAAAAUUUCCCCACGAUCACUGAAGUCACCCCGACUGCUGUCUCUGGCGCUUUUGAAGUCCAGACAGGCUCAGAUUUCAACAUGCCCAACAACACGUAUCUACUGGGUCUCGCAAAGGUCAACAACCGUGGCCAGGUUGCCCCCGUUUCAUCAAUUGCUCCCCGCACCGACAUGAAAGUGCAAGUCAAGCCGAAGAUGAAGUUCUUCGUCUCCGAGAGCCAGCAGGUCUCCGGCGAGAUUGUGGACUAUCACUCUGUUACCAGGGAGGGCGCUACCAUCGACUUUAGCGAAGGCGAGGGCAAGGGCAAGUUCUAUGCCCGUGUGGUCCAAGGGUCCGAUGGCAGAUUCGAUGUCAAGUACUAUGAUACCUUUGGUGAUGACUGA